UCCAAUAAUUCUUGCUUCGGUGGAAAGAGAGAAGAUAUCAAAAAGGAAUACUAAGAAAAAGCAUGGGGAGUGCUCCUUGCUGUGAAAAAACUAACGUCAAGAAAGGUCCAUGGUCUCCCGAAGAAGAUGCCAAGCUCAAGGCAUAUAUCGAGAUGCAUGGUAAUGCUGGAAACUGGAUAGCUUUGCCUCCGAAAAUUGGCCUUAAGAGAUGUGGGAAGAGCUGUCGUCUCAGAUGGUUAAACUAUCUCCGCCCAAACAUUAAGCAUGGUGGAUUCUCCGAAGAAGAAGAUAAGAUUAUUCGUAGCCUCUAUAUCAGUAUUGGCAGCAGGUGGUCUAUAAUCGCUGCACAAUUACCGGGGAGGACUGAUAAUGAUAUAAAGAACUACUGGAACACGAGGCUUAAGAAGAAGCUUCUUGGCAAGCAAUGCAAAGAGAAACAGUCUGGUCGAGGCAACAACCUGGAGCAAGAUAUGAAGAGAUCAGCUAACGUGGGGGAUUCCAUGGUUCAAGAUGAUCAUAACAACAAAAAAAGCCCUUACUGGCCAGAGUUGCCUGUACCCGAGGCGACAGCGCCGCCCUUGCCACACUCAAGUACUCAAGAUCAUCGAAUUGACAGCCAAGCUUCGGUGAGAAGAUUACUAAUCAAGCUUGGAGGAAGAUUUUCAGAUGAUGAUCAUGUGAUUAACGAUGAGGAGACAACUCUUCCUAACGAUCCUUCCUCCACCGAUCAACAUCUUUAUGAGCAGACUAUCUAUAUACCUUCUUCUUCCUCUUCUUCUCCCAUGGAUGCCUUGAACUUAAACAAUAACAUCGAUGCUAAGUUUGUGAACUCUCAGUACACCAUAGAUGAAGCAAACCUGCACAUGUUGCAAGGAAAAAACAAUACUUUUUCAUCAGAGCUACAGGAAAUGGGAUAUAAUAGCACACAGAGAUUAAUGGAAUGGAGUUCUUAUAUGAUGAAGAAAUGAUGAAUAAUAGAGCUGUGAACUCUUGUGAAAGCAUUUGCAUGGCUGAUACAAACUCUCUGGUUGGCUCUCCUUGUGCUUCAGAAUACGGAGGCAGACAACACGGAAUGCUACA